AUGAAGGACGGCUUUGCAAAGUCUUGGCCGCGACGGCUGUUGCAGCUGGAGGGCGCCUGCGUCUUCGGCACCGCCAUCUGGGCGUAUUCCCGUUCCCGCCAGUCGUGGUGGACUUUUGCCGCCCUCCUUCUGACCCCGGAUCUAGGGAUGGCUGGAUAUCUCGCCAAUACAUCGGCCGGCGCUGUGUUAUACAACAGCUUUCACACGGAAACGCCUCCCAUACUCCUGCUGUGCGUUGCAUUGGCUCGCGACAACAAGACUCUCGCGGGGGUGGCUUUGAGUUGGCUCGCUCACAUCGGCAUGGACCGCAUGCUGGGCUAUGGCCUGAAGUACGGAACCAGUUUCAGCCACACACACUUGGGCGACCUGGGUUUCUCUGGCAAGGGGGACGACAAGGCAAGUGCAUCACAGUAG